UAAAACCCUCGGAUUAAUAUUUGCUUUUUGAUAAUUAUUGCACCACUUUCCCCGACUCUGGAAUUACACCGAAUCGUGAGGUAUCUCUUGCAUUGUGCAACAGUUUCAACCUGUUAGCCUUGUGACCCACAGUCACAAUCACCAUCUGCUUCCACAAUGAAGGCACUUGUGGUGGUGGCGAUUGUCUCCUGUCUGGUCGCCGGGGCAGCCCGAGCUCAGGAGUCCACCGAAUGGCAGGUCGAAUGGACCACGGAACCAGCGUACAACCUCAGCCUCGUCGAACCGUUCACCGACCCCGGAUAUCUUCUACCAGACCUUAACAUAAGUGACAUCAUAUCUACAGUAGGCAUGAUGUACCAAGCUGAAGAUCUCGUCCAUGCGAUCGGUUCCCUGUGCGUUGAGAUGGGACCCAAGCUUAGCUGGCUUACCGAUGGAGCAAUGCGAGAGCUUUGUGAUCCUGUCCUUGAGGCUCUCCGGAAUGGAUCCUAUGCUGAAGCCUACUCUAUUUGUCAGAGUUCUUGGUCCUUUCUUGAAACACUCAUUGGAGGUGAAGAAGGUAGACCCAUACAAUAUGUUCAGAACAUAACUGUCCCGUUUUCACCAAUUGAAGACUCGGAUUUUAACUGGACCAACCCCAUAUACGAUGAUACUGCGAACGUGCUCGAGAAUAUUGGACUCAUCCCGGACUUGAAUAGAAAUUGGUCGUUUCCAAUAUUCGACGGUACAGGAAUUGAAGGAUUUCCAUUUCUUGAAUUUUUGGACCAGUAUGAGAUAUGUUCAAGUCUUGGGGGGCUCAUAUUAUCAUACUACCAGCCAUCAUCUCGCAUUCAUGGCAGUAUCUUUGGAUUGGUUCUAAACGUCAUCGUUGCCGAGCAGGUUAGAUCGAUCCCUGGUAAAUGUCUGUCUUUCUUUGACGGUGAAGAGGGUAGUGGUGACAUUGGCGGAGAUCCGUUCUUUGAACAUGAACCUGAUACAAUGAUCGGGGCAUUCGCAACGCUUGGUGGCUUCAAUGAUAUUGAGCAGAUCUGUAAUGCUUCUAGUUGGGCACUUCUUAUGAGAGAUGAGGGAAAGUUUGAACUGUUCAAUGAACUAGUAAUCCAAAUAAGUACAAGCAUUUACAGUGUCAUUAGCAGCAGAAGCCAGUGUAUUGAAUUUGCAGAUAGCCUCCAUGCCAAUAUCGGCCUAGCACCAGGAAACUACUCUCAUGUCACCAGUAGUGAAGCGCUUUGUGAUGAAAUACUGGAUUCUCUCUAUUGGAGAGGCAACAUGAGCGAGAUCGAUUUUUACAAUUAUGACAGUAUGGAUGAAAAAGAUGAUUUCAUUCAUCUGCUCUCUGUUGUAGAGAUACUUUCCCAUAAAUCGGACGAGGCACCCCUUGAAUUUCUCUGCCGAAUGUCUCCGUAUACUGAUGAAGGGUCUUGUACUUCCUUGGUAUACAAUGACUACAUGAAUGUUUCAAGGGAAGGCUUUAUUGAGCAGUGUCUGAGAUACGUGGCAUAUGAUAGCUCUGAAAUUGUAGAUUUAUCGAACAUUGAGAUCUGUCUCGAGAAUGGCGAGGUGACUUUUGAGGCACUUCAAAAUCUAGAUAUUUUGGCAUAUCUAAGGCAAACCACACAGAAGCUCUAUAAUUUAACCACGUUUGACGAGAACAACAUUUGUAGAGCAGUAACCAGCGUAGUAGAAUCUAGGAAGGACAUUCCAACACUGAUAUCUGAAUUUGCUGUGGAAAUGAUGUCCCUCUUCAUGCCGCUUGGUGCAGAAAUAUGCUCUUGUUGGGAUCAAGUUUUUAAUGAUCUCUUCUCGGACUCCGACGACUCGGGAUUUGGCGUAAACCAAUUCAAUGAGAUAGUCCGGAUUGCUGUGAACAGUAUUGGAUUAGACAGUCAUCAUGAACUCUGUGACCAUCUCAUUCAUCUAAAGCCGGACAACAUGUCUGAUUAUGCACAAGCGGUGAUUGAGGAAAUCCUUGGUUUUACGGCUGAUCCUGAGAAGUGUGCCUGUACCGCUCAUCGUGUCAUCGAUUUCAUCCUUCCGAUGGUUAAUGUUUCAAUGGAGGAAUUCAAUAACUACCUUUACUGGUACCUGGGAUUUCAUUCUGUGGAUAACGUGUGCAGUUUCAUGGCCCAAUCAUUCUCGGGAAUAAUAGUCGAUCCUUCAAGCAUAAACUGUAACAGCCAACAAGAACCAACGACCGAAGCUACGACCACAACUCAAUCAUCAAUAGACACUACUGGAAACCCAACUCAAUCAUCAAUAGGCACUACUGGAAACCCAACUCAAUCAUCAAUAGGCACUACCGGAAACUCAACUCAAUCUUCAAUAGGCACUACUGGAAACCCAACUCAAUCAUCAAUAGGCACUACUGGAAACUCAACUCAAUCAUCAAUAGACACUACUGGAAACUCAACUCAAUCAUCAAUAGGCACUACUGGAAACUCAACUCAAUCUUCAAUAGGCACUACCGGAAACUCAACUCAAUCUUCAAUAGGCACUACUGGAAACUCAACUCAAUCAUCAAUAGACACUACUGGAAACCCAACUCAAUCAUCAAUAGGCACUACCGGAAACUCAACUCAAUCUUCAAUAGGCACUACUGACAACGAAAUCUGUCUCUUCAUCACUGACUGCGCCGGUGUAUGCAACGGUAACGCCAGUUUGGAUUGCGCCCGAGAAUGCGGCGGCAGCGCCGCACUCGACUGCGCCUUCAAGUGUGGUGGUUCCGCGACCACGAACGGAUGUGGAUGGUGUGUCGGUGGAGCCACGGGAAGACCAAACAACUUCGGUUUCGACCAAUGUGGUUCCUGCAUUGGGGAAGGCACUGCGGUCAUCGACUGCAAUGGUGACUGUGGCGGUACUGCUUACCGCGAUGCCUGUCAAGUCUGCGUAGGUGGCAAUACGAGUGUGGCUGAGGAUGUAAGCGAUCGUUUGUUGGACUGCCUAGGUAUCUGUAAUGGUAGUUUUGUGACCAAUGAUUGUGAUGAAUGCGUGAUGCCAUUCAGCGAUGGGACUAUUUUCUCCACGGCGGAUUGUAACGGUGACUGCAAUGGAUUUGCCGACAUAAAUGAGUGUGGUUACUGUGUUGGAAAUAACACCGGAAACUCUGCGGAUGCUGGACUGUCUGCAUGUGGAGUCUGCAAUACUACGAUCGAACCAGACUUCUGCCUCGGCUGUGAUGGCGUCGCUAAUAGUGGCCUAGUGACCGAUGCGUGUGAUGUAUGCGAUGGGGAUGGUAGUACUUGUUUCACUGUGGACAAUAUAGCUCCCUCUAUCAUCCCAGCUAACACCGACUAUCAGGUUAAACUUCGUGGCGCCGGAUUCCAAGAUGCGACUACCAAACAGUGUAAGUUCCGGGAUAGCAGCAGUGAUGAGCAGGUCAGCGUGGUCAAUAUCAGCGAUGAAGUGGAGGACGAAUUCACCUGCAACGCUAAUCUUCCUGAAGGAACGUAUUCUGUUUACCUUUCGACGGAGUCAACGGAACUAUCAGAAGCAUUCGUCACCCUCAACGUCUAUUCAGAAGUAACAAUAAACAGUUUAUCCCAGAGCGAGUUUGAUAUAGAUGAUAGUGAGAUUUCCAUCUCUGUCAACAUGGUAUCAACAAGCGGAGCCUUUACGGCAUACAAGGACUUGACCACUCCAAAAGCUAUCGUAUUCACAGAGACCGAGAGACUGGUCUACGAAGGAACUUUUGGAGGAGACAACGACGAGCUUCUCGAGUUUACGGGUCCGAUGCUGACUACCUCGGCUCAAGUUGUCGUCUACCCGUCCUUUAACGGAAUCGACUACCUGGUCACCCCCGAUGAUGCCGGUUUCACGAUCACCUACUAUGCCCCUGCACCGGUCGCUCAGAGUCUUAAAUUCUCCCCGACUGGGCAUCUUCUGGAACUCGGGUUCGACGUCGCAAUCAACGAAGACUCGGUGACAUCAUGUGAUGCAGUAUUCAUGAAUACGACAAGCCUGGGUGGUGUCGCUGCCCAGUGCUAUGCAUUCCCUUACCUUAAAACUAUCUAUAUACAACCCUCCAGUUCGGAAAGUGGAAAUCUUAUUGAACCAGAUGAUGAACUAGUGCUGCGCGAUAACGUUCUGAAAAAACGUGAUGAGGAAUACGCUCGGUACGCCAGCGGUACUCUAACCGCAUCCUCCCCCGACGAAGCGGUUACCGUCUACGCGGCUCUGACCGGUACAGAAGCAAUUAGCAGCUGCGGUAAUGUACGACUUAGUGCUCUGCAAUCCUUUGGAAACGCAGGACGUUUUUUCACCUAUCAGUGGUCUGUGACCAGUGGCGGUUCGAUCCCAUCUGGUUUGACGGAUGACCUAACAGCCGCUGCGGGGUUCGCCUAUGUUACUCUUGAUGGAGCCUACCUCGACACGGACGUGCCGUAUACCUUCAGCAUGACAGCCGAGAACUUCCUUGGAGGCAGUGACACAAAGACCUUGGAGGUGACUCGGUCUGCUCUCAACAAACCAGACGUCGUGAUCUACCCGGAAAGAGUUGAUCCUAAUAGUGCCCUUAUCUCGCAAGCGUUCUACCUCCGCGCUGCUGUGAAAUUCUACGAGGAUUGUGGUGGAGCUGAGCAGAUGGAGUAUGCUUGGUCUGUAGAUGAUGAUAGUAUUGCUCUUAACCUACAAACCAUAAACAAACCACUCCUGUAUGUGGCAGCUGGUUCUUUACCAGGCGACUCCCAAGUGACCUUCACACUGGAGGUCAACCGGGAAAGUGACCCUAGCACGGUGACCACGCAGACCGUGACAAUCACCACGGUCUACACCGACCUCGUCGCCCUAAUCGAUGGCGGGAGUGAGAGGACCAUCGGCGUCGACAGUGAGUCGUUCACACUGGAUGGAUCAUCGUCAUUUGAUCCCGACAGUGAAAAUGAAGAGCUGACCUACCUUUGGACAUGUCAGAAGUCGAACACUGAGACAGGCAGCUAUGAGCCUUGUGUAUCAAGCGAGACACGUGAGGUGUUCCCGGCGGAAGCUGACUCCAAAACAAGUACUCUCACGUUAGCUUCCAACAAUCUGUACUCGGACUCCACCUAUCUGUUCACUCUGGAGAUCAACAAACUGUCAAGGACAGCAUCGACCAGUGUCACCAUCCUUUCCAAGUCUGGCAAUCCUCCAACGAUCAGUCUCGAUGAAUCCCUCCCUGAGAAGAUAAAGAGCAGUAGUUCUCAUACGCUACGAGUAUUGAUCAGCCAUACAUCAGAUAUUACCAUUGAAUGGGCUACAGAUCUCGGAUAUGGAUACGUUGACUUCUCACUGCUGAAUAGUCAGUCCUUCCUUAUACAAGGAGAUACAUCACCCUUCAGCACAUACGCUUUUGUAACUAUCCCCACAGGAACUUUGGAAGAGGGUGUUGCCUACUCUUUCUCAGUGACGGUAACGGAUACUGAAGGACAGGUGUCAGCUAGUAAGUUGACAACCAGCACGUAUGGAGGAGUAUCUUCCUGUACAUUCAGUUUGGGUGAUGGUUCUACCAGCUAUCAAGAACUGGACGAGAUAACUCUCCUAACUCAGAACUGCGUGACUGAUGAAGAAGCUUACCCUCUGUCUUACCAAGUAUUCCGUGAGAAGGUCGAAUCAUCUGUCACCCGUUACAACGCAAUGACGGGAGCCUUGGCAGAGGCGAGCAGCACUAUAUUGGGUCUGCCGUCCUUUAGCGACAACCAGAACACAUUUGUUGUCAAGGUAUGCAAUGAUUUCGGAAGCUGUUCUUCGUACAGUAUUACAUUGGACGUCACUGCCAUCGCAUCUUUCAGUCAAGAACAAUUUGUUGAAAGUAUAACCAAUCUAGUAGAACCACAAAAGUUUUUAGGGAAUUUCCUGGAAGCGCUGGUAAACUUCAACACCAUCACGGAAGUGGGUGUCGACAGCACGAGCAGGAAACGGAGAGCAGUCUCGGAGACAUCCAGCACAGCUACUGAGCAGCUGGAUCUACUUCAGAAUGCCAUCUCGUCGACGGUCCUGGACACGGCCACCGCCCAGACUCUGCUUGAUCAGUCGGAUGGCGUGGUCAUUGCCGAUCUCACACUGUCUGAUAUGGACAUCUACCUGGACAUUCUAGUCGAGCUCGUCGCUGUUUUCAGUGAUGAAGGGCUUCCCGAGUCUAGCGCCGAGAUCGUUCUUACAAAGACAAGCGAGAUCGCUGCUGAACUCGACCCUCAAUACAACUCGGACAUGUUUGCCAAAAUUACGACCCUGAGGAACACAUUAGUCCAGGGCCAGCUGAGUCAGAUCCCACUUGGAGGGGACCCUACGGAGACCAGGUCUGGUUCCGUAACCACCAGGGCCUUCUAUGCUAUCCCUAGUGAUACCCUCAGUACUACAUCCAGCAGCACCUCCUUCAACGUCAAGUUCGGAAGCGAGAUCGAAAGCUUAUAUGGUGCAAGUUGGUCGUGUGCCUCUGGAAGCACUUGCUCUGGUGUUCAGAUCAGGUUUACUCAGUACGACGAUGAGGUUGAUUACUACUCGACCACGGACGAGGAUAAGGCGAACAGAGCAUCUUCUAUCCUUCAAAUCAAUCUGCUUGACCCGAGUGAUAAUUCUGAGCUGAGUAUUACCGGACUGAGCAGCCCCAUAUCAAUCAACAUGACCGCUUCACGCCUCCAAUCCGACAAAGUCUAUGACUGCUAUUGGUGGGACACUAGCAGCAGCUCCUGGAGCCAGGAUGGACUUACGACCGUCUACCACUCAUCGGUCUUGUCUGAGUGCCAAACUACUCAUCUUUCAGCCUUCACCCUGAUCGCUGUUGAUUCUCCUACUACGAUUAUGAUGGCUACCACGAUAGUUGAUGACGCCACUACCGCCUCGACAACUGAAGUCAGUGAGAGCGGCAGGAGAGGCCUAAGUACUACCGGCAUCAUCGUCAUUGCCGUGAUCAUACCUGUCGUUUUGAUCCUAAUUAUUAUCAUCGCCAUCGUGGUCGUGAUGUCGAAGAAGUCCUCCAAGAUCGCUAAUGCCGAUAUCGAGGACACGAACGGUAAUGGAGCCGGGAACGGGACCGGUGCCGGGAACGGGACCAGCACCGCCGGUGGACUUGCUCCAGUUGAAUCUACGAACCAGGCAUUCAAUGCCCCACCAACAGCACCGGCCAACAUAACCAAUACUGUUCAAGUGGCCCAUGCCCCCGCCCCGGCACCUGCUACUCAAGAGCCUAUCAUGGACGCUCCAGACCUUCCUGGAUCCUCAACACCCCCUCCUGAUGCUCAAAAUGAGGGUAGGGCCAAAACUCCAGUGGAUAGAGUCAUGACGCCCGUCGAAUAAUUACAUAUCCCAACUCCACUCAAUCUCCGUCCCGUCUCUUAUUUGAGAAACAUUACAUUGGGUUAUGACUGCAGUUUAUAGGAUAUGGAUUUGAGUUGAAUAAGUCCUUAUCCAGCCACCCCAUAGUCCGUCCCAUCGUAUUUUGGGGAGACUUGUGACUCGCUAGAGGCUUUCAAAUAAUUAUUGUAAAUCGCUUAAGUGCCAUUACUUUC